UCUAUAAAGAAGUGUUGAAAUGGUGACUUCAAUGCGCACUGACGUUUGCAUGACGCCAAACCUCACAUGUCUGACACCCUUCGCGGCGGCGUUCUUUGUGGUGGAGGUGGUGGGGUUGGCACCACGUCUCCCUUACCUACUUUCCGUUAAAGUUCCCCUCUCUCACUUUUAAAUAUAAAUCAAACCCAUACUCAUUCCAUUCUCUCUUUCAGCAAGAGGAAAAAAAUGAAAGUUUCUUCUCUAUCCUCUCCCUUCUGCUACAACAAAAAGGCAUUUCAAGCUGUUCUAUGGUGGGUUUGGCUAGUUGGGCUUCUCUUGAUUGGUGUCUCCUUCUAUGCCACUCAGAAGUUGCCUUCUUCUCUUACUGAUGAUAUCAAAAACCCCAAAGCUUUUGAAAUUGGUUUUGGUGAUUUGGGUAGUCCAAAGAUUACCAUAUUUACAGCUCCCAGACCUUUCACUGGUUCAGAUGGGGCAAGGCAGUCUCUGGCUGUGAAAUCAUGGCUUGGUUUGUCCCCUGAUAUCACUGUUGUUCUGUUCAGCCAAGACCCCUCUGUUGUUUCUUUUGCAGGUGCUCUUGGUUCUAGGGUUUCGGUCGAACCCAAUAUCGAUUUCACGUUCAUGAAUACCCCAUUUUUUCAUUCAAUGGUUGCAAGAUCACAGGCAUCCACAUCAGAUAUUUCUGUUCUGAUCGAUCCUGAAACCAUUCUUUUGGCAGACUUCAUUACCACUCUGAAUUAUGCUUACAAACUUGACAGAGAUUGGCUCCUCGUUGCUUCGUCGCGGUCUACUUCCUACUACCCAUUUCACUUGGAUGCAGAUGGGAAACAAUGGUUAGCGGAGGAUGGUAAACGGAUUAAAACCCAGAAGUUGCAGGGGAUUCUUGCUCACAUUUGGCAAUGGAAACGUUGUGAAGGGAGGAUGCUUAUGGCAUGGAACAACGGGGAUAUUCCUUUACAUACUGGAGUCCUCCCUCCUUUCUUGUAUGGAAAGGGGCUCCACUACCAUUGGGUCAUUAAUGAGGCCUUGUCGUCUGAUUAUAGGUUUGUAUUUGACGCCAGUUUGACCACAUCAAAUUUCUAUCUCCAAGAUCUAGAUCAUGGGUCUCAUCAAUUGGUUGAAGGUUCUGACAUUUCAGAUAUUGGAAAGACAAACUGGGAGAAUGUGGGGAAUUCCCAUCUGGGGGUGCUGUAUGGAUCAUUGUAUUUCCAUGAAGCUAAUUAUUCCAACUUGGUUAAAUUCUUUAAGUGCGAUGGCCAAUAUGUUUUUGUGAACACAGCAGAAAACAUUGUUUAUCCAUUGGGAUACCAGAAAUCAGUUAGCUUAAGGAGUAGAAAAAUCUCAGGAUUUGGGAGAAGUUUUAGAUCACUUAAUGGAAUUAGAGAUUGCUCUGUGAAGGACCAGUUGAAGUCCUCAACAUCUUUAUCUCUUCCAUUCUCUUUAGAGUUGCUCCUUUCAAUGCUUGCAGACCAGAAUAAGACAAUCGUGCUAGCAAUUGCUGGAUAUAGUUACAAGGACAUGCUCAUGAGCUGGGUUUGCAGACUGCGCCACCUGAUGAUCUCAAAUUUUUUGGUCUGUGCUCUUGACCAGGAAAUUUAUGAUUUCUGUGUCUUGCAGGGCCUGCCUGUUUUCAAGGAUUCAUUUGCUCCAACCAACGUCAGCUUUAAUGACUGCCACUUUGGAACAAAAUGUUUUCAGAGAGUGACCAAAGUAAAGUCCAGAGUGGUUUUGCAGAUCCUGAAGCUGGGUUACAAUGUGCUUUUGAGUGAUGUUGAUGUAUAUUGGUUUAAAAAUCCAUUGCCACUGCUUUAUUCUUACGGUAGUGCGGUUCUCGUGGCACAGUCUGAUGAGUACAACACCACAGGACCUAUAAACUUACCACGUCGCUUGAAUUCUGGCUUCUACUAUGUUCAUUCAGAUGGUUCAACAAUUACAGCAUUGGAAAAGGUGGUGAUGCAUGCAGCCACUUCCAAUCUUUCAGAGCAGCCAAGCUUUUAUGACACAUUAUGUGGGGAAGGUGGGUCCAAUCGUGUGGGUGCUAACAGAUGCUUCGAACCUGAAACGAAACUGACUGUUCAUUUCCUGGACAGAAACCUCUUCCCGAAUGGUGCAUACCAAGGCCUGUGGGAGGAAAAUGAUGUGAAAGAAGCCUGUAUGAAGAAGGGAUGUUUUAUUCUCCAUAACAACUGGAUCAGUGGGAGAAAGAAGAAGCUGGAACGCCAGGUGUUGUCUGGCCUGUGGGCUUAUGAUAUUAGCACAAGGAUGUGUUGGCAAAGCUGGCACAAGAACAAAUUCAAAAGUUAUUUCUGAAACGUAAUCGAUGCUAGCUAAAUUAUUUUUUUAUGUUCCCUUCAUGGCUCACUUUGGAUUCCACGAGGAGUAGAAGAGUACAAAGAAAGAUGAUUCCUUUAGCUGACAUAACCUUCCUGCUAACCUUGGAUUUAUCACUGGCUUUAUGUGGAAAUAAGCUGGAAAAAGAGAAAGAGAGCCGGCCAUGAAAUACAAAAGAAAUUUAAUGGGAAGUUUAGUAUAUUGAUAUAGCUUCAUAUUCCCCAUUCCCCGUGACAUUGAAUUAUAAUGCAUUGUGGGGGUUUUUGGUUGCUGGCCAUGCUAGAGAGAUGUGUUCAUUUGUUGGGCUAGUCCGGUGCAUCAACAGGGAAUCCAGAAGAAAGAAAGAGUUUGGAAAGGCUGCCAUUUCAUUGGACUUUAGCGUACAAUUGAAGGAUAUUACUGUAAGGAUAAUCCAUGCAGGUGGGCGAGAAGAGAAGUAUCAAAAUGCGAUUCCUGCAUCUCAAUUAAUGGAAAAAUAUCCAGGGAUGUUUGUUGCUCGGCCACAAGUCUUCAAGAAUCCACAUGAAGCUGUUUUGGUGGCAGAAGAUAUGCUGUUGCCUGGUCACAAAUAUUUCAUAAUCCCAUCUACUACCGUACAGAAACUGAAGCGCAAACACUCACAGAAGGGGAAAGUAAAAGAAUCUGCUGAAGACAAAGAAGCAAUGUUUGAUCAGAAAACUGAUUCGGAUGCAAGUGUAGAUUGGUCAGAUGAGUCUGUUUGUUCAGCAAAGGAUUUCUCUGUCUCUAAAGAAAUGUGGUCUGAAUGCGCAGGCAAAACACACCGAAAAGUGAAGAAGGGAUUUACACCCCCCAUCCAGAAUCCAAGAAUGUGGAGGGACUUGAGUUGGGAACCCAGCCUAACUUCCAUACAAGAGCUCUCUCCAUGACUUUCUCCUUUACACAAGACUUGAUGGUUCACACUACUGUAUCAUCUGGUUUGUAAAAACCUUUAUGCAGUUGAACCACUUAUCUCUGUUUGUCGAUAACAGAGAAACCCACAUGGGUAAGUUGCUUGAAUAAAACUCCUUUUUCACUCUUUUAAUUUUUGUGUUCUAUUUAUGGCCUUGUAUUCUAGAUUAGAGGACCCGUUUUAAUAAUUAUUGAUUCUUUUGGAUUAUUUUUAA